AUGAAGAUUGAUCCUCAAAGUUAUUCUGCAUGCAACGGGGAGUUGCCGCCUUUAUGCGCCAGCUUGAUUGAAUCAAUUAAAGGAGCCUCAACUGUGGAACUCUUUAUCGAAGAAUUAAACCGAGCUAGAGAGCUUCAAGCCGUAUUAGGAAAGACCGAGUUGUCAAGAUGGGCAGAUGUACUGAAUCGAUGUGAUGAAAUUCUAGAAGAUGCGACUGUUAUUCAAGAUCAUGAAAUGAAGCGAAUUAUUCGAUUGACGGAGUGUACCGAUAUGGAUCUUGUUGGCGAAGUAUUGAGACUUUUGCAAACUAUCAGCAAACGAUCAAAAUUCCUCACUCAGAGGCUGUGCCCAGAAGAUCAAGCCUCACUCGUCAUGAGUCUCACAGCAAUGGCACAAUGCUGGGGAGGCAAAUUGCGCAACCUCAAAAUGGAGGAUUGCGUUCACAAAGAUGUUAAGCUACCACCGUUGUUUCCAUUUACUUUUACUGAUAGCAAAGCAAAGCAUACCAUGAUCUUUGAGCGCAACAUGGUAGACGAGCCCUUAUUGAAAGUAGUUGAUGAGUUUGCAAAGGGUAUGACACCUGAGGAUAGAUACAGUUUGCUGGCUAGGAUAAGAAUGUUGCGCCAUUUCGAAGUUCGGGAGCACAGGAUGCAGUGUUUAAUUGUGCGACUGCUGUCCAUCUCAACUCUAAUCUAUUGCCGUUGCCAGCCAGAUGACGUUCAAAUAAGUGCUUUAUUGUAUAGUGGAUUUAUUGAAGAAGCCGUGGCCUUAUUAAAAGUUGAUUUGAAUUCCCAUGAACUCAUGGAUCCGAUACAAACGGAAGCGCUGCGAAUGCUCUGCAGCGUUGUUUCUUUGGAGAAAGCCAGCAGAACGUCACAAAUUCUUGACGUAUUGAGUGCAGGAUCAUACCACGGUUUCUUAGCUGUAUUUACGAGGAACAUAGUAGAAGAUAUGAAGAGAAACGCACUGAAUACACCAGGGAAGCCGAGUGUCGCACUGAGUACAGCAUUGCUGUCAUUCAUCUACCAUCUCAGCAACAAUGACCCAGGAGGAGAAACAUUGGCAGCCUGUGGUCUUACGCAGACACUGCUCAGCGUGAUUUCGCAUCACGCUCUUCCACUUGAUCAAGCAACCUUAGCAACGCGCUGUACUCGAAUUACUGACAAUUUCACGACCAUUGAUGUCACGGGCUUCAACAAUUGUAAAGGAAUGGACAUCUGCAUCGACCGUCUAAUUUAUGAAGUGGAUGAAUGCAGAAAGGAACAACCAUUUGUCAUCGAUACCAGCGGUGAUGUUGACGAUGACACUGUCGGUAGCGUCUUUGUGCGCGCACCUGUAAUUGGAAAAACUUGUCAUCCACAGCGGUCUGGUCUGAUCAAAGCGCUAAUCACAUUCAUCAAGCGAGCAAUACAGGAUACUCAGUUUCAAGAUAGUGUGCGACAUAGCAGUACAAAUACACAAGUUUUUAAGGAACCUGCUCAACUGACGGUUCUUCAAAGCAGACACGUGCCGUAUGUAAUUCUGCAGAGUAUGCUGCGAAAAGAGGUGAAUACUAAGGCCGUUUGCUCGGAUUUGAAUUACAAUUACGAAUACUUGUGUGCUACAUUGCCUUUUUUCAAGAUGUUGGAUCGUCUUGUUGAGCUCGGCAACAACCCACCGCCAAAUACCAGAAUUGUCAUGGCGUUAUCAAGAUCUGCCAGCAAGGCCGCUAGUCAGAGUUUUGGAAGUGGGUCCAACACGCCAAAUGUUGAACAGCUCCCGAUGUCUCCACCUGAAAUUGAAGAGAUGUCCGAUGAUGACGAUGAAGCAGAAAUGAGCAUGGAUGAAUUGAGCGGUGUUGGGCCAGUGGACUUGAAAAUGGAUUGUCCGUCGGACGCGAAGGAUGGUACAAGGCUACUUCCACUUGGUGACUAUCUGCUAAUUUUCACCAAGAUAUUCGAAGCAAUCAUCACGCAAGUGGCCGCAGCGGACCUAGUAGAAGGUUUUGUUGAGAAAAAUGGUGUCGAAAAGAUUUUGUCGCUGUGCAAUUUACCAUCCCUGGCAGCCGACCUUGCUGCAAGUACUUUCUCCGCAAGCGUUGGAUGUAUUGUGAAAUUUGUUCUGCAGCAUGUUAAAGCUGGGGACAAACUUAUGCUGUCAAUAAUGGAAGUAUUCUUACAAUCUAUCAAUCCAUUUGUUAUGCGAACAUCACGUGGGUAUAGUGAAUCCAGCGGAGGUGGUGCAUCGUUACUAGUACCACUCGGAGAUGAAGGAAUCGUAACGGCAAUUACUAGCAUGAGCAAUGCUGUUCCCAUUCUCAGCAUGCUGACUAAGAAUAACAGCCUCUCCGUUCCUGGCACACAGGGAGAUUUACGGAAUCGUGUUUGGGAUGCAUGGCUUACGGACACUGGUAAAAGACUACACACAGGAUUUCGGAAGGUUUCCCGAGUUCUUGCAUGGGAGACAGCACUCCUCAAAAUGAUAGAGCCCACGAAAGCAGUAGCGACGACGCAAACAGAUCCGAGUGAGAUUGAAGCCUUGUCAGUUGGAACAAGCACUCCCAUAAGUCACAGUUCGUCUGAGCCAAACAAUGUGAUGUCGGUAGCCGUCGAUCCACCUGCAACAGCUGCACGUCAACCAGCCUGGGCGAUGGCAGGGAUCACGCAAGCUGAAAACGCGUUUUGGCAUCGUCACAAAAAUGUCGCUGAUAUGGUGAUAAAGGCGAAUAAAACAGUGUCGGAGUUCCUUAGUCAACUGUCACGAUCAUGCUUUGUUCCAACGAGACGAAAUCGAAGAUACGAUUUCUCUGCAUCUACUAUGACCAAAUCUGCUCAGCAAAUGGCAGAUGAAGUUUUUGCCGGCUUCUUCCGUGACCUCAAGUGGACGUGUCACAAAGUGCCCGAGGGCGGUCCCAUCCCUCCUAUGGAAUUCGGUCGCCUCCAAGAAGUAAUCGCGCAGAUGUCGGUGGCUCUGUUCGACGAUCGCCGUCAGCCAUUCCAUGCAAUGCUUCAACGUUUCUAUACCUCUGGUUGCCAUAAUGCCUUCUGUGAUUUGAUGAUACACAAGCUUGCACCUGCGUUAGGAAGCGAUUACAAUGAUUGGUUGGAGCUUGCAUUCCUUGAAUGGUUCCGUCUCGCCAGUAAAUUGGCACACAAGCAAAAUAUGUUGAAUACUAUGUACCGUCAGCCCCAGCCACUAACUAUCGAGUUUGAUCCGAAGAAGUAUUUGAAACUGGUGCACAACGAAGGUGCAACCGAAUGGUUGAUCAACCGAAAUGCCGCCGGAUUGCAACAGUCGCUCGAAAGAAGCAACGAUGUCGGAGAUUUGGAAGAAGGCGAGUUCGUCGAUGCUAACCUACCUUUUCUUCUUGGAGUUGCAGUUUCAUCUAGUAGUGGAACCAGUGAGGAAAGGGAAGCAAGACGUGCAGCUGGAACCAGUUCCUCGCUUGAUGCAGAGGAUUCCGUGGAAAUGCCGAUAAUCACUCCUCUGAAGGAGCUAAAUAUCGAUACAGACUUGUCCAUCUCUCGCGCAUGCAUUGAACUGAUGCCUCUCUGCAAACGCUUGAUGGAGCUCGGUUCGGAUCUCGUGUUCUCAUGUGCCGACCUCGUUUCGGGCAUGGUCAGCACACUGGAUGAAGAAUGGCGUCGUCGCCAUUUGAUCGGUCAGAUAAUGACUGAAGAGAUAAUUACUAUGGCGCAGUCUGUUAUGAGUGGACCAUCCGAGCACGCCGUUCGCGUGCUAUCCACCAGAAUCCACUUUGCCUGUUUAUUAUUCGAUUAUGUCGCAGAUGAAUAUCUUGAGGCCAGCGCUUCGCAGCCUAUGGUAUCAACUAUGCUUCUUCUGCUUGGUUUUGUUUAUGACAACUUUGAUGUCGAUUAUAUGCAAAAUGGGCUGUUAUCUCCGGUAGUCCUGUGGCUGGACUUGCACGACAAGGCUAAGCGAGGCUCUGAAAAGACGAACUAUUUUGAAGAAAGAGAAGGGAUUUCACGCGUUGAAUUGUACUUGAGGAAGAUAAAGAAAAAAAAAAAAAAAAACGACAACAGAAUGAUGGGCCUUCUUUGCCAUCAAGUUCGGUGUUCCACGAAAAUACCGGAUGGUGCUUGCAGACAUAGAACGCUUAUGAAAUCGGAGCGUGAAUCUGUGUGGACCACCGCUGAGACAUCUCGAUUGCUCGUCAUAGUUGUCAGUUUGUUGCAUAAGUCAUUGAUUCACCACACUGCUGCUCAUACUAUUCUCGCAUUCCGUCGCAAGCCUCACUAUGAGACGCGAACUGCGGCAGGAGGUCGCAAGACUCACCAGAGACGCGAACUGCGCAGUGAACUUCAUUCAGGUGGCAUUGCGGCGGUAUUGCAAUUGCGCUGUUCCACAACCCCAUCCACUUCCGUACUGACAUCGCUUAUCAUCAGACAAUGUAUUGAUGAUGAAAACAUGAUGGCGCAGGUAAUGGAGAAGAGUGUACGUGUCGUAACGAAUCCUGUGCAGUCUACUCCUCUAUCAGAAUAUCUUGGAAUGUCAGAGAAUAAGCCUAAGGAUUGGUGUGAAACACUCAACAAGCUCGCACCUCUCUCAACAAGUCGUGAAGAGAACAUCAUCGUUGUUUUCAACAGGGCACCUGGAAUUUUCGUAAAUUCAAUGGAAAAAUGCGCUAAAUUGGAUGGCACGUUGAUGGUUUCAACUUCAUCGAAGCCUCAUUUCUCGGCCCCUACAAGCAAUGAGCGAACACAGCAGGUGCAGUUAAUAUACAGCUUUAUGGCCGCGGCUUAUGAUAUCAGCUUUUUCUUGAAGAUUGUUCAACUAUUGCUCCGCGAAUGUCUUCAUGGUGAAUGGCCAUCAGAAAGCAGCGUGCCAUUAGGACACACAAGAAUGAUAAGUCGAGGAGCAAUUCUGAGCUUGUUGGCAGAAUUAGUUAAAUCGUACCCUGGUGUUGCUUCUCUGAUAUGCGAGGCUAAAGAAGAUGGUCAGAGCGUUAUUCAUCAACUCAUUGAGCAUUUCAUCGAUGGUUCGCAGGAGAAAGAUACUCUUGGCUCUUUGAAAACGCUGAUUUCCAUUCUUGGCUGCCUGCAAUCACUCUCCCAAAGCGCAGGAGUCGUUGGUGUCCGACAUGAAGGCAUCGCUGCUCGCAGUUGGAAACUCGUCACUUUCCUCUUCGGCGAUCUGUAG